AUGUGGUUUCAGAACCAAUCUCUGUCCCCAGGGCAGAGCAGAAGUGAGCCUGUGAAUUCCUUGUUAGGCCCAAGUGGGACACCAAGCCUGACAGCUCAGCAGUACCGAAUUGACCUGUCCACUCUCUCAGGCUGGUCUCAUCACACUCCUUCCUCCAAUUCUUUCAGCAGGAACCCAAUAUUUCUACCUGCUCUUCUCCCAUCCCAUAGGUCCUUUGUCCCUUGUUCGGACGCUUACAAAUUACCUGCCAAUACCACUGACUCGGGGAGGGUCCUCUCCAAUACUCACACUCCUUUCUGGCCCCAGAACCAAGACAAAUGCCAGAAUCACAAAGAACAGACUGGCACAGGAGCACUGCAGUUGAAGGACUAUUGUCAGCUUCAUCCUGAGUACAAAAAACACCAAUUGCAGGAUCUGGGUCACAUGGACUUAUCUUACAUUAUUCAGGGGUGGGAUGAGUGCUGCCAGGCUCUGAUUGCAGAAUGGGAUCCUGGAAAAGGGACACACUGA